AUGUUUCGUUCACUUACACUCCUUACACUGUUCUUAUUUCAUGUAUCUGCCGCCUUCAUUCCCACCGCAGAGCUUGUGCCUAUCGAAGGCAAUCUCGUUCAACGACAGGCUUCCCAAUCUCUGACUCCCUCGGCGACUUCCACCCUCAAACCAGACUCCAAAUGCACCCAUUCAGCGUUCACACGCCAAUGCUGGGGAAGUGGCUUCAGCAUCGCCACCAACUAUGAUAGCACUUGGCCUGUUACCAACAAGGUAGUAUCCUACCACCUGGAGGUCACCAAUUCCACUUUAGCUCCCGACGGGGUGCCGAGGGUUGUCUAUGCCAUCAAUGGACAGUUCCCAGGGCCAACAAUUCGGGCCAGUUGGGGAGACGUUUUGGAAAUCACCGUCAAGAACAGCUUGACCACCAAUGGCACGAGCUUUCAUUGGCAUGGUAUCCGCCAAUUCAAGACAAACCAUAUGGAUGGGACCAACGGGGUAACGGAAUGUCCACUUGCUCCCGGAAAGUCACGGACGUAUCGGUUUCUUUGCACGCAGUUUGGCACAACCUGGUAUCACAGCCACUAUUCGGAUCAAUACAGCGAUGGGGUGGUUGGUACAAUAAUCAUCGACGGACCUGCCACUUCAAAUUACCAUGUUGAUCUUGGUGCUAUGCCUAUCACGGACUGGUACUAUCGCCCAGCCUUCGAACUUGCACCACUUGUCCAGAGAGGCGCCUUUCCUGGUGGCCCCACUGGCGAUAACAUACUCAUUAAUGGCACCAACGUCAGCCUCAAUGGUACACAGGGCCAGUAUCAUCGCAACACUCUGACGAAAGGAAAGAAGCAUCGUCUCCGGCUCAUCAACACCUCCACAAACGACAAUUUCAAGGUUGGUCUUGAUGGGCACGAUUUCACAGUCAUCAGCGCGGACUUCGUUCCAAUUGUGCCGUACUCAACACAGUGGGUCUUUCUUGCAGUUGGUGAACGCUACGACGUGAUCAUCAAUGCCAAUCAAGCUGUUGACUCUUAUUGGCUACACGUCGUCCCGCAGAGAGGUUGUAGCAAGAAUGCCGUCACCAAUGCGCUUGCGAUCUUUAGCUACGAGGGUGCUUCCUCUGCCACCCCUUCCAAUGCUUCAAGAUCCAAUGCUCCUCCAGGAGCUGAGUGCAAUGAUCCCAAUGACAAUCUGGUACCAUAUGUGAAAUUGAACGUGCCCGACAACUAUACCAUCCCGGCGAAGUCCCGGCUUGACGUAGGCUUCGCUAUCGUCCAAGACCAAGCCAACCAAACCUUGUUCCAAUGGAAUCUCAAUUUCACCGCGAUUCAGGUUCCCUGGGGUGCUCCAACUUUGCAAUACAUCUUAGACAACAACAGCAGCUACCCACAGAACAUGAAUCUGAUCUCGUUACCAGAUGCAAACGCAUGGUCAUACUGGGUCAUCCAAGCCAUCCCGACGAUCGCACCACCGGUUCCACACCCCAUCCAUCUCCACGGUCAUGACUUCUACGUCCUGGGUGCGGGACAGGGUAUCUUCAACAACUCCCAGACGCUACGGUACAAGAACCCUCCGCGCCGCGACGUCGCGAUGUUGCCGGCGUCAGGAUAUCUGGUCAUCGCGUUCAUCACCGACAACCCCGGCGCGUGGCUCAUGCAUUGCCACAUCGCCUGGCACAUUGGAUUGGGCCUGGGCGCACAGUUUCUCGAGGAGCCGGACAAAAUCCCAGGGCUGGGAAUCGGCCCCGACUUUGAGCAGGUCUGCGCCGACUGGAACAAAUACUACGAGACUGCGUUGUUCGAUCAGGAGGACUCGGGGCUUUAA